AUGCGAUAUCUGUGUUUCUCUAUAUUGUUUUUAUUAAUAUCCGGUUCCGACCUUUUGCCGGUAGAUGAUAAGGAUAUAGAUAUUUUGAAUCCAGAUGAUUUAGAUCUCAAUAGCAUAGACGGAGGAGACGACGGUAUAGAUUUAUCUAGCUUAGGUCCAGAUGCUUAUGGAUCACCUAAUAAUGACAGCGGUGAUGCUCUAGCAACAUGGAGUGAGUCAUCAUUAAUGAAUCCUGAAGAAAUGGGAAGUUAUGGACAGGGAGACAUUUUAAUGCCUUCAAUCCGGACCCGCAAUGGAAUGAAAGACCAAACCUCUCGCUGGCCUAACGGCAUAAUUCCGUACGAAAUUCGGGGACAUUUCAACCAGGAUCAAAGAGAUAUGAUUAUGAAAGCCAUUGCUGACUACCAUCGCCUGACAUGCCUGCGCUUCGUGCCCUACAAUGGACAAUCGGACUACAUUACCAUAACAAGCACAAACACUGGUUGUUGGUCUAGUGUUGGACGGACAGGCGGCCGUCAAGAAGUUAACCUGCAGAUUCCUGGCUGCGUUUCCAAGAAAGGCACAGUGCUGCACGAACUCCUUCACGCGGUUGGUUUCACACACGAGCAGAGCCGAUAUGAGCGGGACAACUAUGUCACAAUUAAUUAUAAUAACGUUAAACCAGGUACAGAGAACAACUUCAAGAAGGCAGAUAGCGAAUACACUAGCGGCUUUGGAGUGUCGUACGACUACAACAGUGUGAUGCAUUAUUCAGAGUAUGCCUUUUCCAAAAACUCAAAGAAAACUAUUGAACCCAAGGUUGGAGGUGUAAAACUAGGACAAAGAGAAGGACUCAGCCGAGGAGACGUGAGGAAGGUCAACAAUAUGUACAAUUGUAAAAAACAGGAACCUCAAUCCGGUUGGCUGUCUGGAGUAUGGCAGAACUACUUCGGAGAUGGAGGCAAAAAGUCUUCGUAA